CAGAGAGAGAAUCUGGUUAACAACAAGUUACUCAUUAAGACUUUCAAAUGAUUAAUUGAUUGUCACUUUCUCCUUUUUAAUUUCUUUUCUAAAUUAACCCAAUCAACUUUCGCAUCUAAUUGUCUUGGAAUACUGACUAGUUGAUUCGGUAAUUAAAGAAAUGGAUCUUCAAUUGUGGUUAUGGUUGAUUGUUACUCAUUUCCUGUUACCCUUAACUGUUUCUCGUCGCCUAAGAAACACCAAUUCUCAACGAGGUCUCACAGUUGAGGUGCAGUCGGAAAUGAUUUCUUAUAUGGACAAUGAAGCAAUUUUAAAAUGUAUCACCUCACCAUUGGCCACAAUUGACUGGUUAGUUGAUGGUUUACCAAUAACUAAUUCCAUGGAGACUGAAGUUAAUCAAAGAUUUAAAAUUGACAAAAAUGAACUGAUCAUUUCUUUGUCAAGAGAAGUUCCCAGAAAUAGUGAAAAUCUUCCCUUUCAAUCAUUAUCACAAAAGCUGUUUAAAUCAAGAUUUUUCCAAUGUAAAUCAACUUUUAAUGGAGAAACAAUAAUCAGUGAACCUGCUAAGGUGAUAAUCACCUUUUUAAAUGAUUUUGACGCCCAAUCUGACCAGGAAAUCAACAUUAUACAAGGAAACACGGCUGUGAUACCAUGUAAAAAGCCUAAAAGUAUUCCAACUGCCAUAAUGGAAUAUUAUUUCAAUCAGACUUUGAUUAAAAGAUCCGAUGAUCAUUAUUUGUUAACAAGUUCUGGUAAUCUACAAAUUAUCGACUCUCGUCCAUCGGACUCUGGAAUCUACCGAUGUAACGCUUUCCUUCAAGAGAGACGAAAUGCUUCUUGGACAAUAAAACUUAAUGUAUUUUCUGCUCAACAAUGGUCUGAUCUCAUGGAAGAUACUGAUUCAAUCCACCUACCUAACGAAAGUGCCAAAAACAUUGUCCAGUUCACUGUUUUUCCAGCAAAUUUAACAAAAGCUGUUAUGGGAACAAAUGUAACAUUAGAAUGUGUCGCUCAAGGAAUAAGAUCAUUACCGAAAAUAAAUUGGUUGAAAAAAAGAGAUGGCGGCGGAGAAAAAGUUAUCAGUGAUUCGAAAAAGUAUCGAAAGAUAGCUGGUAAUCUAGUUUUAACUUCAAUCGACGAAAGUGACUCGGGAAUUUACAUUUGUAGAGCAUCAAUGGAUGAUAUUUCAAUCGAGACAAGUGCCAUUGUUGAUGUUCAAAGUACACCUCGAUUCGUGAAAAGUUUACAAAAUGUUAAAGUAGACGAAGGGAAAAACUUUACUCUUGAAUGUCAAUCAACAGGUAAUCCCAAACCAGAAAUUGAUUGGUUUUUUAAUGGUAAACUUUUAACCAAACCACAAUCACAAUUAUCACCUUCAUUAUCAAUUGAACAUAUACCUGGAGUAACAAUUAACGAGCAACAUACUGAAUUAAUAGUGACCAAUGCCCGUUCAUCAAUCCAUUCGGGAAUCUUUCAGUGUUUUGCUUCAAACGAACUGAACAAUGAUUACAAAUCAACUUAUUCUCUUUCUCAUGUUAAAGUUUUACUUUCACGAGUUGAAUCUUUGGAUAAUUCAAGAAUUUCAGAAGCCGAUAAAUCAAUUAAUCAAAAGAAUCCGAGUACAAUCUCUAUUCUAGAUGAUAUAUUUAAACCCAAUGGAGGUGGAGAAAACAAUAGUAAAGAAAGAGAGAGAGGAAGAGGAAGGAAACGUCAUGGUAAACCAAUGAUACCACCAAGUAAACCUAAAGUCAACAGGUUAUCAGAUUAUUCGGUUAUGGUUUAUUGGGAACUUUCCAACAAAACGAGUUUACCUGUUUCAUUUUUCAAACUUCAGUACAAAGAAUCGGGUCCCAAAAGUACAUGGAACACUCUGUCGGAAGAUAUUGCACCUUGGAUAACAACACAAACUGUUUCUGGUCUUGUACCUGACUCGAAAUAUCGAUUCAGAGUUAUGGCAGUUUUUAACAAUUCAGAUUAUAGAGAAAGUCCCGUUUCCGAUAAAUUUCAUCUCAUUCGAACUAGCAUGUUGAAGAAACCCAAAGACGCACCGAACAUAAUUGCAGUUGUACCACAAAGCUCUACACAAAUUCAAGUUAUUUGGGACAAUUACAAAGAAAGUUCGACUUCUAUUGAAGGAUUUAUUAUCCAUUAUCGUGCAACCUCAUCCGCUGGUGAUUAUUUCCAGAUCACUUUACCAACCAAAUCAACUAAAUUCAAUCAUAUUGUAUCACAAUUAUCACCGGCAACAUCUUAUGAGUUUAAAUUGCAAGUUUUCAACUCUGCCGGUGUCUCUGAAUAUUCAAAAAUAUUAACUGGCUCAACCUUUGACGAUCCAGUGUCAACAACCACUGAAAUAAUUACCGUUAUCAAAGUUGGACAAAAUCUCGACUCUCACAUUGAAAAUAAUUAUCAUUUAUUUUUACUAAUUGUUGGGGGUAUUGGUGCGUUUGCUUUAUCGGUAUUCAUUGUUUGCUGUAUUGUCCAAUGUGCAGGUCGAUAUAAACAAAGUCCUCAACGCAAAAAAGACAAUGGAUCAAUACCAACUCCUCAGCUUACUAAUGGUGAUCUAAAUAAUUCAUCUCUACUUAUUCAUAAUCAUCAUCAUCACCAUCAUCACCGGACGAAUCAAUCAUUUGAUGAAUAUAAAAGGGAAAACGAUAUUAUCGGUUCUCAUUGCGAUAAAUCAAGUAGCAAUAAUGUUACAGCUUCAGUGAGCAUUGAUCAUUUUCCAAUUGAUUAUAAUCAAGAAAUCAACGAGAAAAGAAACAAUUAUCAAACUCGCACUUAUAUGAUUGACUCUUUUUGUGAAGAAUCACCUUAUGGGGUCGGUGGUCGAACUGGCAGUUGGUCAAGAAAAAGUAGAAAAAAAUGUUUCGAAACCGAUGCCGGAGUGAAACUGAUCGCAACUGCUUCGUCUCAUAACAGUUUACAACGUAAAUAUUUGUACGAAAAUCAAAAUGAGCAUCAUGUACCAAGUACAUUGGAACGUCGAAGAUCAACUUUCAAAAGCGAAGAACAUCUUAAAUGUUCACUAAAUGCUCGAAUUCAUUCAAAAAGUAGCAGUUUUACGAAACUUGAUGGAACAUUGGAAAGAAAGAAACGACGAUCCAAUGGAACAAUUAACAAUCAAAAAUCUCCAUUAUCGCCACAAUCACAACCACCCCCAGUGCCUGAGAGAUCCUCUCAUCUCUCUAAUCAUAGAUCGUUAAGCUCUUCCCGAUUAAAUGGAUCUCUGGAGAAGAGAAAAAAAUCUCGAACAGAAUAUGUUAACACUAAUAAUACAAAUAUGAUCAAGAAUGGAAAUCAUACAAAUCAAUCUCAAAUCAAUUCUUACAAUGGUACAAUCAACCAUAUCAAUAAUAGUAAACCACCUUUGCUGAUUAUGCAAAGUACUUGUUAAUUACAAUCAACUUUUUUUUCUACAACUUUUUUAACUAAUAUUUUUGUCAACCAAUAUUUUCUAAAAGAAUCUCAAUAUUUUAAAUGUAAAUAGUUUUAUUGAAAUCUUCGCCAUUGUAAAUAAAAUUUUCUCAUAAAGCAAUUAUUAAUAAAUUGUUUUUUUACUAAAC